UAACGUCUGUCACACAUCGUCUGUGUGUAGUAGUUAUAAUGUAUAAUUACAUUAUAAAUUUGAGCAGAACCACAUUGUCAACAGGCAGAAGAUACAAUUAGAGAACAGAAGCAGAACGCUCUAUUAAUAUUAGUAUUCGAAAACCAUAGUGAAUAAACGAAAACCUCCGAUACGCAUAUGGCGAAUUCCUCUCCUCUCUGUUACCAAGUUUGGGAAGGCGGCCCCUUAGGAUUAGGGACCGGGUAGCGCGGGGGACGACGUUUGUGACGCACAGGAAGUUCGGCAGAAAUGCCAAGUGCGGCACCGGAGAAAAGGUGAGCGGAAUUUAAACAAAGACGAAUGCUUUUACGUUUCAGGUGCUUUUACUGCAGUACAACUUGUUAUGAGGCAUAAGACAACUACAGAACGAUGAGGAGAGAUGCCGUACGACAUUUGCCUCCCAAACUUUCUGAGUUUUUAAUAAUGGCUCCUAGGUCUGAAAUGUUUUUCUUUAAAUUUGGAAACCAUGGAGACACAGUGCUGCAUAAGAUGAACUUACUGCGUGAGCAAAAUCGGUUUUGUGAUGUUACCUUACAAAUAAAAAAUUUUGAAUUCCAUGGACAUAAAGUUGUUUUGGCAGCAUCUUCUCCAUUUUUGAGAGACCAGUUCUUGCUUAAUGAUUCAAGGGAAGUGACCAUUUCUGUCUUGCAAAGCUCUGAAAUCGGUAGGCAACUUCUGCUGUCUUGUUACACAGGAAUUCUUGAAUUUCCCAUGAAGGACCUGGUCAACUACCUCACAGCAGCCAGUGCACUACAAAUGGGGCAUGUUGUAGAAAAGUGCACACAAGCAGUUUCUCAGUACCUAGACCCAACUUUAGCCCAUCUGCAGCUACAGAAGACUCACAAACGUAGUUUUACUGAUGAGGGGGAGCAAAGUUCACCAUCUAUAGAUGAUACAUUUCAAGGUCCAGAAGAUAUUGGAAUUUACAUAGACUCAAACAAUGGUAAAAAUGUCAAAUCUAAAUGUCUUUCAGAAUUUUGUUUUGAGCCUAAAUAUCAGGCUUUUGAUUCAUCAAGUGAAACCACAAGCAGCCAUGGAAUGAACACUUUAGUGGAUGAUUGCACGGACCAAGAAGUGAUUAGUGGAGAUAUCUACAUGUUGGCUGCACAUGAGAUUGAAUUUCAAGGGUUGGUAUCAACUAAAUAUUCACCAGAAGAAGGGGAUCAGAUGGGACAAGAAAUUAGAUCACCCUUGAUCAGUAAGCUAAUGACAGACAACCACAUUCGAGAAUAUGACACAAUAUUACAAAAGCCUUAUUAUUGUAAGAUGUGUUGCAGAAUGUUUCAGCAUCUUGAAAACUACAUAAGUCACAUGAAGGAGCAUAAACUAUAUCUGUGUUUGCGCUGUGGUAAGACUUUCUCUCAGAAAAGUAACCUCACACGGCACAUACGUGUUCACACAGGAUUUAAACCCUUUGAGUGCUCACUGUGCAAGAAGGCAUUCAGCCAGAAAGCGACUCUGCAGGAUCAUAUUAACCUUCAUACUGGAAAAAAGCCUCACAAGUGUAACUAUUGUGCAGUGAAUUUUGCACAUAAGCCAGGACUGAGAAGGCAUCUAAAAGACAUUCAUGGAAAGAGCAGCUUAGAAAAUACUUCAGAGGAUGUGGGGACAGUUAUUGUAGAUAGUGAUUAACAAGAAGACUCUAGUCUACCUCUUGGUUUGUGUGACACAUAGAGUCAAGAGUGUCCAUCAUGGUCAUAUUUUAAUACUCACUGUGAUAAUUUGUACAGUUGCCCCCUAAUCAGAGCUUUGAACAGUAAUGCUGGGCUCAAGUGUGUCCAAGUGCAGUAUGCCUUAUCUGCUGAAGUAUAUUCACAGUACAGAACAAGAAAUCUCUGUCACUGGACUUUGCAUCUUUUCUUUAACUAAAAUUCAUACUGAUAAAAAAAAGUAGCCUUGAAAGACAGUGGUGUGUCCUUGGUCUAAGACCUGAAAAAUAAAUUGAGCCAACUGCUGGAAUUGCAAGUGGUUACAAAGCUGCUGUCUUUGGUAGUGCGUAUGGGAAUAAAAAGAAUAGUGUUCAUGCAUUUUACAUUUGUGGAAUGAUGUUCUGUACUGUAUUUCAUGAUGAUAUCAAACUAUUAAUUGAUAUGCUGUGGAUGGCUACAAAACAGGAAACUUGACACAAAGCAGAGUACGACAUGUGCUGCAAUUCAGACAUUCAACUAAAUUGACAAGUCAUUUUGCAUAAGUCACUCCACAGCUGAGCACAAUAUAACUGAGCAAAACUUGGAGAUGGCUCCCUGAUGUAAUCCCACUCUCUUUUUCUUUUUGGCCAUUUGUUGGUUUUAAUACUGAAGCGAGUGUGGUAUUCCUAGGCAGCAUGUCCUUUUUUUGCCUCAGCUG